CUUCAAUUCCGGAUUGCAUAGAGAUCUACGCGCUGGGGGCCUGAGUUAGCCUGUCUGCGGCUAGCAGAUCUAACUUUAGCAAGACUUGCAGCUGUCAAGCCCCUAACGCUCCCCGAAACGUGUUGGGUUUGCUGCUCAGAGUUCAUGUUCCUGGCUCGCUCCUUGGUCAAGAUGUCAGGUCACAAUCCUUUGUUGAGGCUGGAGCAGCGAGCAGCUGAGGCGGACCAGAUCAUCGAGUACCUCAAACAGCAAGUCCAGCUGCUGAAGGACAAAGCCAUCGUCCAGGCCAAUGUCAGGGAAGAGAAGAAACUGAUGUUGGAGAAUGCAAAGCUGAAGAAUGACAUCGAGGAACUGAAAAAACAGCUGCUGGAAAAAGAGAAGAGGAGAGGAGUGCUGGAGGUGGCCAUGUCUUCAGGUGAACCCACUGUCGAGUGCAGUUCCAAGCCCACCCCUCCCAAACCCUCCGGUCCAGCACCCUCUGCCUCCCCUGCUGCUGCUGUCCAGAGCCCCACUCCCAAAGAUGAGAGUAAAAAGAAGAAGCCAGAGAAAAAAGGAGGGGAGAAAGCAGAUAAAAAGCAGACAGCUCCCAGCCAAGAGGAUGCCAAGGUGGACGUGUCUCGUUUGGACCUGCGUAUUGGACGUAUAAUCACAGCCGAGAAGCAUCCAGAUGCCGACAGUCUCUACGUGGAGCAGGUUGACGUGGGAGAGGCUUCACCCAGAACAGUGGUCAGCGGACUGGUCAAGCACAUACCUCUGGACCAGAUGCAGAACCGCAUGGCAGUCCUGCUUUGUAACUUGAAGCCAGCCAAAAUGAGAGGAGUGGUGUCCCAGGCUAUGGUCAUGUGUGCCAGUUCACCAGACAAGGUCGAAAUCCUCGAUCCUCCAAGUGGAGCUGUACCAGGAGAUAGAGUUACUUUCAAGGGCUUCCCAGGUGAACCGGACAAAGAGCUGAACCCGAAAAAGAAGGUAUGGGAGCAAGUUCAGCCAGACCUACGCACAGACGGCGAGUGUGUUGCAACUUACAAGGGAGCUGCCUUUGAAGUCGCCGGCAAGGGAGUAUGCAAAGCCCAAACCAUGAGCAACAGCGGAAUCAAAUAAAAUAACAGAGCUGCUUGAAAUAGCUCAGUGUUUACUUGGCAAUCAUCAUCGUCAGUGAUGACGAUGAUGAUUUUGAGAAACAGGAUGGUGAUGAAUUGAAGUAAAUGCUUUGAAGAUGUUUAAUAAAGGGAUUCAAGUGUGUCCUCAGAA